GUGGUGAUCACUCGUUACAAGAAAAAUACCAAAUAGUCAAAGCACUGGCUAAAUAUCUCCAGUCGACCAACAAAUUGGGUCACAUCUGACCCGCGCCACAUUUAUACCUGGCGCCACCAACAGCUGAACACGGAAAACAACCGCCUCGCCGCACCACCAUGGAUCAGCUGACGCCAUAAACACAACACACCGCCCUACGGUGCGGCAAGUCUCCCGCUAACAUACACCUCUGUUGUAGUCGUCACUCCUCUAUCUACAGCACAACGCAACAAGCACCUUUGGAACUCCGAUCAUCUCAACAUUAACGCCUCUCCCAACACCUGUACUGGUGCAGUCAUCGGGAGGACAAACCCUUCAUGCACACUGCACCUACUAUCAAGAAGAAAAAGUAAUUAUACUCAUGCAAUUGGGAUAAACCUGUCUGCAUCCAGUUUCGUAAUAAGAAAAAAAAUACAUAAAAUAAAGUGCGGUGGAUGCCUGUAAUAAUUGCUAUUUGCGAAAUAAGCACGAAAUAACUUAAUAUGCUAACCGUAUUAUAUGCUUACAAAAAGUCACCGUCGAGUAAGGACUUGCAUCUAAACUGCACGUAUGUAUUUGUUUUGUUCUGUUAAGGAUUGUAAUGCCCAAGAGACCUGGCAGUAGGACCAGCGCUGCCAGGCUGGCACUGUGUGAGGGGCACAGCCCACGGUGCCCAUGGUGCCCUCAGCCCGCAAGGCUGCUUGUCACCCAGCUCCAGUUGACCAGGAGGAGCCCAUUGGAAGGAGCACGCGUGAUGGUCCCUGACGUAGUGGUUGUCGUCGUCUUCGUCAUUAUCUUCCCGGAGAAGGGAGACCUGAAGGAGGGGGUGUAGACCAGGCUGGGGCCGACGCAGGAGCAGGUGCUCACUACUCUACACCUGUUCACUAACAUCUCUUUCGUACACGAUUGAUUUCAGAUGUAGUACCUGUAAGGUACAGCGGUUACAUGGAAGGUCUCAGAGGCUUGAGACAAGCUGCUCUGGACGCCUCCUGAAGCCACAGCUUCAGUGAAAACAACUACACCAAUAUUCCCAACAGUUCACACAGGGAUGCAGCAGAUUACUUUAUCAAGUACACACCUCUUGGUGCACUGGUGGGGUCAAAGCUGCACUUGCUGUGCAGCAGCUCUCCGUGGGUUUACAUUAUACCCAAAGCACUUUGCUGAAACAAUUUCAUUCAUUGCUAAUGUACACAAUGGCAAGCCAGUUUCUAAAUAUGAAGAAGCAAGUCAACUCAAGAAAGAAAGAAAUUUAGAUUAUAUUGUAUACCAGGUUCAAAAUACAUUUUUGAAAACUGAGGGUAGGAGGAAAAGAGGGUGCCACAAAUAUCAAAAUAAGCAUAUAAUAAAAAAUAAAAAAAUCUUGACUAAUGAUCCACUUUCUACCAUUAACAAAUACACGAAUGAACAAAUAAUUGAGAGUGAUCAAUGUACUAAUUCUGGCAAUAAAUAUAUGAAGUCGCCAAAUUUUUUACAGAAAAAAAUAGAAAUAGAGAAAAUUAGUAUGCAAAUAGAAUCAAAUUUCCUAUUUAGAACUAAAGAAACCAAGCCUUUUGACAAAAUGAACAAAUCGGUAAUAAUACCAUCAAACAUAGAAGAUACAACAGCCGAUUUACAUCUUUCAGCAUUGAACAAAAACUUAACAAGAUCAGAAGACAAACAAGAAGCAACUAACCCAGCGCAUCAACCAAGAACACUUCCCUGCAAGCACUUAUCUCUGCUAUGUGAUCUUGUUAAUUCUGCUCGUCAAAUAAAAGAACUAGAAGACGUCAAUUAUUAUGUCAGACGGAAUAUUCAGCCACCCUUUGCCGUGCUACACAAAUUAUGUGCUUGGGCCAGCAAAUCCAGCCAAGUGGGUGUCAUUCACAAGCUGCAGGAGUUUACUAGGAAGAGUUAUCCUGAAGAAUAUGUCCUGCACUUGGGCUUCAAGUAUUAUCUUGCAAGUGCCAUGUGCUAUGAAGGCGAUGUCGAGGGAAGUUUGGAAGAGCUUUUUCAACUGUACCUGCAUCACCCUCAGGGACACAAGAAGAUCAGGGACACUACUACUUUCAUCAUUUACCAAGUACUCAGAUCCAACAAUGAAGAGCAUGAGCAAUUGGUAAUUAAUUUGAUUUCCGAAGAGUUAUUAGAAAGACAUCCUGGCCUUGUUAACAUGCUAUGGCGUAAGCUUGAUGGUAUGGUGCAGAGGGCAGCCUGGGACGGAGAUGAGGAACUCUUGUAUAGAAUUUUACAGCUGAUGCUCCGCUUUCAACUAUCAGAAUAUUAUGCUAUUACUGCCAGUGCUCUGCUGAAGCUACAGU